AUGCCGAGCGUUGGUGAAAAGUGGAGGCUGUCUUGGCUGCGAAAUUUUGUCUUGUAUGAAAGUGAGAGAAACGUGAACAUCAACCCAAUAUAUUCUACUCCACACACAGAAUGUUCUGGUGAUAAAUCCUGCAGGAUCUUUCGCACUGUCUGGCACUUCACAGAGUUCCUGGAUGAGUUUUCACCCGAUGUCCUAGGCCAGCUCUUAAAUGAUCCCUUCUUGUCCGAGAAGAAUGAAAUAAUGGAGGUGGAACUGUCUCCGGCGUCCCCAGCGCCCCUCAUCCAGGCAGAACACAGCUACUCCCUCUGCGGGGACUCUCGACCCCAGUCUCCCUUGACCCACAUCUCGACCGAUGACAACUUCAAUGAAGGUGACCUGGAAAAUGAGGAAUGGUGUCUGGGUACCGAGCUGACUCCAGCAGCAAUAAAGACUGAGCCAGCGUUGUGUGAGACAUCAGGCCUUGCUCCCUCAGUCAGUCUCACUGUCAUGGCCACGUCGCUGGAGGGGGAACAACCUGAGCUACAGACGGAUGCCCUGAUGAAACCACUGAGCCAGAAAGUUCUUCCAGAGAUUAAAUUGGAGCCCCAUGAAGUGGAUCAGUUCCUGAACCUCUCUUCUAAGGAAGCAGUAGAUCCUCUGCAUUUGCCUCCAACCCCUCCCAGCAGCCAUGGCAGUGACUCUGAAGGAGGGCAGAGCCCGGCUAGAUCGCUCCCUCCUUCAAGCCCAAUCCAACUACAAGCCACGGCUAAAGUAACAUCGCGCACAGCUUCAGCGCUCUCCAAUUCCCCUCUCCUGACUGCACCACAUAAAUUACAGGGGACUGGCCCACUCAUCCUGACAGAGGAGGAGAAGAGGACGCUGAUAGCAGAGGGGUACCCAAUCCCUACCAAACUGCCCCUGACAAAAGCAGAGGAGAAAGUGUUGAAGAAAAUCCGCAGGAAAAUAAAGAACAAGAUCUCUGCCCAGGAAAGUAGAAGAAAAAAGAAAGAAUACAUGGACAGUCUGGAAAAAAAAGUUGAGACCUGUUCAAAUGAAAAUAGUGAGCUGCGUAAGAAGGUUGAAGUCCUGGAGAAUACUAACAGAACACUUCUGCAGCAGUUGCAGAGACUCCAAGCCAUGGUUGCUGGGAAAGUGUCCCGUUCGUGUAAGGCAGCUAGCACACAGACAGGGACCUGUCUUAUGAUGGUGGUGCUGUGCUUUGCAGUAGUUUUUGGCAGCUUCUCUCAGAGCUAUGGGCCAUAUCCUUCUGCUACAAAGAUGGUGUUGCCCAGGCAGCAUUCCUCACCAGAGUCCUACACAGACUCCAUUGUGAGGUCAAGGAGUCUGCUAAUUUAUGAAGAGCCUCACCAACUGGAGGAGUCGUCAAGCCCGAUCUCCUUUGCAGAUCGCAAUGACGGGCAAGCAGACACCUCCAAGUACACAGCGCUGUCCCUGGAAGCCGUGCCAGGGACACAGCAGGAUGAUAUCAUGCAGUUCACAAUAGCCAACGAGACAAGGCUAGAGAAAUCGGUGCUGCUGGGCCUGCAGCAGCACAGAGUCAACUCCGAACUAGAAGGAAAUGAAACACUGAAGAUAAUUGAAAUAGAUAGAAGAGUCAAUGCCACCUCUUAAAAAUAAAAAAGGCCUUUUUUCUUGACUUCCCUCUUUCCCCACAUAUUUUCAACCAAAGUCCCCCUGACUUGUCGUCCUCAGUGAACCAAAGCACAAAAGAGAGGGAGUUCAACUUCUGCAUUGACUGGUGAGGCUGUGACUGCAGAUGGGAUCUCUUGUGUUUGUAACUCCCUUCCUCACUUCACACGCAGUUCCUGUCUUUGCUUUUAUUCCUUUCCUGUGUGAUACUGCAAGGGCAGGAUUGAAUUAUGAUGGCAGAUGAUGCCAGCAGUGUGCCGGUGACUGGUGGGUGUGUGUGCGUGCAUGCACACAUUGUAAUCAGAGCACAAAGACAUUCUGUAGGAAAGUGAAAUAUGCAAAACUGAUGGGAGCAUGUGGGUGAU